AUGGCCGAGUACACUGCAAUGAUGAGCCCGUCCGGGUGCGCGCCGGACGCUGCGGCGCCUCGGAAGCGGUACCUCAACAUCGCAAUCUCCAACGACAACGAGCAAGGUCCGUCGUUCCUGUAUCCUGCCAAAGACUGCGGCUACGAGAACGUCCGCGCGGCCUCGGAGGAAAUCGACGCGAUCCGUGUGACGCUCAACCGCCCCAAAAAGCUCCUCGGUGAGUGGCGCUCGACUGCUAUCUCGGGCAACGACCUCCUCGGCAGUUGCCUCUACUCGGCUGGUCUCGUCGCUGCGUCGGCCGGGUACCUUGCGCCCAUCGGCUUUCUCCUCGUCUCGCUCGUGCUCUACGUCUUCCGCUUCAUCUACGAAGAAGUCGUGACAGCCUUUCCGCUCAACGGCGGCUCGUACAACUGCCUCCUCAACACCACAUCGAAGCGGUUUGCGGCGAUUGCGGCCUGUAUGAGCAUCCUCUCGUACCUCGCAACCGCGGUUGUCUCGGCCACGUCGGCGACCUUUUACUUUCAGUCGCAGUUCUCAGAGCUCCCCGUCCUCGGCACCUCCAUCGGGAUCCUCGGGCUGUUUGCCAUCUUGAACAUCAUUGGCAUUGGCGAGUCGGCGGUCGUCGCGCUCAUCAUCUUUAGCUUUCACGUGCUGACGCUCACGAUGCUCGUGGUCGUCAGCGCCAUCUACAUGUUCAAGCACCCGGAUAUUAUCCGAGACAACUUCCACACGGCGCUGCCCAACGUUGACUUCGCCGGCAACAUCAUCACGGGCAACAUCGCGACUGCGCUUUUCUUUGGCUUUUCGUCGGCGAUGCUCGGCGUCACGGGGUUUGAAACCUCGUCCAACUUUGUCGAGAGCCAGCAGCCGGGCGUCUUCCGCAAGACGAUGCGGAACAUGUGGGCGUUUGCGACCGUCUACAACAUCCUCUUGUCGCUUUUGAGUCUCGGCGUCCUUCCGCUCAACGCGCCGGAUGGUCUCCUGGCCAACGAGAGUACCGUGCUGGCGCAAAUGGGCUACAUUGCCGGUGGCAAGUGGCUCCAGCUCUGGAUCGCCAUCGAUGCACUUGUCGUGCUCGCGGCCGGUGUCCUCACGUCCUUCGUCGGCAUCACAGGUCUCAUCCUCCGUCUCAGCAACGACCGCGUCAUGCCCGCCUUCCUCACGAACCAAAACGCGUGCCGAAGCACGCCACACUGGAUCUCGAUCCUCUUCUUCAUCGUGAGCGCGAGCCUCAUCCUCGUCCUCGACGCCAACAUCAAGAUCCUCGGCGGUGUCUUCACCUUUGCAUUCCUCUCGAUGAUGUUCCUCUUUGGCGCCGGCUGCAUCACGCUCAAGCUCAAACGCCAAGACAUUCCGCGCGACGUGCAGGCGCCGUGGUGGGCGUGUAUCCUCGGUGUCACCAUGGUCGGUAUCGGGUAUUUCUGCCAGCUCCUCGGCAACCCGCAAGUGCUGGUGUACUUUUUCCUCUACUUUAUCGUGAUUGCAACGGUUGUCUUUGGCAUGGUCGAGCGUGUCGCGAUCUUGCGCGUACUCAUCCUCGUCGUCAACCUCGUGUGCGGCAGCGAUAGGCGCGAGCCGUCGUCGCUGUCCAAGGGCCGGUACUUUGAGCGCGAGAGCAACCGUGUCGCCAAGCUCACGCAGGCCAUCAAGGACAUCAACGAGCGCCCGAUGAUCUUCUUUGUGAAAGCACCGCGCCUCACGACGAUGAACAAGGCCAUCAUGUACGUCCGCGCCAACGAAAUCACGCAGCACCUCCGGUUUGUGCACAUGUACGCGGACGAGACUGACGCGAAUUUGGCGGCGAUCCAAGAGAUGCGCGACAUGGUCACGCUCUUCGACAGCAUGUACCCCAAGCUCCAGAUGGACUUUAUCUCGAUCCACGGCGCGUUUGACCCGGCGAUGAUCGAGUGGAUUGCGCGCGAGUACGACAUCCCGACCAAUACCAUGUUCAUCAAGCAGCCGAGCAACCUCGCUGCGCACAAGGUCUCGUCGCGCGGCGUCCGCGUCAUUACGGGCUGAGGAGCUCAAAGCACGAAAGGCCGAUCGAAUAGCGUAUGGACUCGUCGCUCUACUUGUGGCUAGUUUCGACUAAAACAGGCAAAACGUGGUGUAGUAUGGCUC